UCCCAGCCGAGGCGGGGCCAAGGAGGCGGCAGGAUGAAUUGGGGGCGCCUGGCGAAGCGGGCGCUGUUGUGCGGAGCUGUCGCGGCGCGGGGUCUCGGCAGGAGCAUGUGUGCCCAGGUGGAUGAAGACUGGCGCUCUGCCAAAUCCAUCUACUACUUCCAUGCCAAGGACAUUGAUGGCAAUGACGUUUCCCUGGAAAAGUACCAGGGCCAAGUCUGCAUCAUCACCAACGUGGCUUCGAAAUGAGGCAAGACGGACGUAAACUACACUCAGUUUGUCGAUAUGUACGCCAGAUACGCUGAGAGAGGUUUACGCAUCCUGGCCUUCCCCUGCAAUCAGUUCGGGAAGCAGGAACCGGGAGACAACGCCCAGAUCAAAGCCUUUGCUGAAAGCUAUGGAGUGAAGUUUGACAUGUUCAGCAAGAUCGAUGUCAACGGGGAUCAUGCCCUGCCUCUGUGGAAGUGGCUGAAGGAGCAGCCCAAAGGCAGGGGCACCCUGGGGAAUGCAAUAAAAUGGAACUUCACAAAGUUCCUUAUUGACCGGCAGGGCCAGGUGGUGAAGAGAUACAGCCCAAUGGAAGAUUCCAUUGUGAUCGAGAAGGACCUGCCCUACUACCUGUAAAGCUGCUCACUUAGCUGCACUACCCCCUCUGCUCUGCACUGGCUCACCUGCUCCCUGUGGAGCCUUCCUACCCAGCCCCCAUGACGGCCUGUCUUCAAACCAGCCUGCUGGUGAGGCAGACCUGAAAGCCUGGCGUACACUUGCGGGAGGAAAGCUUCACUGGGCCGGUGGCCUGUGCGGAAUAGAGCUGCUGUUGUGUGUUCACAAUCUGGGAUCUAUUGCCUCAUUGCAAUAAAAGUGUUGAAAGCAA